ACACACGGGGGCAGCACUACAUCCUGAUCUUACCUGGUUUCCCCACCUUCUCCAAAACAUGGCUGCCUCCGUGCUCCUCAGACGUGAAUUAUGUUCCUUGGCAAGGAUAUUCAGUGGAGUGUCACAUUCGGUACAUAAAUUAAUGGACUUUUAUUUUAAACAAUUUGAUAAUUUACCCUGGGAGAAGUUGGACGUGUUUCUUGGGGGAAAAUACCACGCGGUAUCAGUGGGUAGCUGUAGUGUGUGGAUUGAUUGAUCGUAAAUGACAUUUCUAAAUGUUUUCAUUUUCAUUUUUUAACAGGCACUCAGACUUUCAGGAGCAUGUUCAGUUCAUCGAACUUGCCAUGUCAGGUAUGCAACAUCUUUUCUUUAUUUCUAAACGUCAAAAAUUGGAAACACAAGUGCACGUUUUAUUCUUUCGAAAUUCAGUCAGUAAAUGGACUCAGUUUAAUUGUUACUACAGCAGUAUUCUUAUUUAUGAUUGGUCAUGUCUCCCCUCUGUAGGUCCCAGCUCCCAUUCACCUCCAGUUACUCCUUCCACACAUCAGCAGUGUUUUCAUCAGCACCAUCCUCGGUGAGUGUGCACAGCUGAUCUCCUGUAGAUUAUUGUCAUACUGUUUUUGUACGGUGGCCGAAAACCGCCACUGCUGCAAAUAAAAAAGAAUGCAAAAAAAAAAAAAAGAAAGUCUCAACGGAAGUUACCAAUGCAAAAAGAUAAAAGAAAAGUAAAAGAAACCAAAGCCUGCUGUAAAUAAAAAAAGAAAGGUGCAGAUAAAAAUAAAGCCACAACGGAAGUUAACAAAAACACCUGAGUCGAUAUGAAGUUUAACUGAAGCUAACACCACAUUGGCAUCGUCCAGUUCAACUUCAUAUCGACUCAGGUGCUACAUGGCCUAACCAAAUGGCACAUUGAAAAGCACACAAAGUGAAAUUAAACAGUAACCUUUCCACUUAAUUCUUUGCUCGUCUUCACACCGUUGUCUUUGUGUCUAGAUCGUAAAACACCGGUUAUCACUCGUCCCCAGCAGCUCACUUCCGUUGUGGCUUUUUUUAUUAGCAUCCUUUCUUUUUCGCAGUAAGUCUUUUUUUUUUCCAUCGCAUUUUUUUUUGUGCCUCGUUAACUUCCAUCAUGGCCUUUUUUUUAAAUUUAAAUCUUCACCGUCUGUUUUUUUAUUUGCAGCGGGCCUGGGUUCCUUGUUUUUUUUUUUGCAUCAGUAACUUCAGUUGUGACUUGUUUUUUUUUGCAUCACUUUUUAUUUUUUUGCAGCAAAAAAGUACAAAUAUAUGCACGUUUUGUUUGAUUUUUUUUUUUUUUUGUCUGGCAGAUCACUGUCACAGAGGAGCCUGACACGCUGUUUCAGACAGUGUCACUGCUGGUCAAAAGUCAUGACAAGGCUGUGUUGGACAGCUAUGAGUUAUUCACCACGAUGGCAGCCAAAGAACUGGGUAUUAACGUCAAAAAAGUGUGAGUUCUCACAAGGGCGAGCUGUCAAACAUUUAAGAGAAAGCAAUGCACACCGCUACUUAAAAAAUUUCAAUUACUGAAAAUUUGUUAAUGUCAUUUUCUUCUGCUACAGUUAUGACCCUCCCAUGGACAUCGACAGGCUUACAGUCCUUAAGUCAGUUCAUAUCUUCAAAAAGCACAGAGUCCAGUAUGAGAUGAGGACACACUACCGCUGCGUUGAGGUGAUAAGUCAGAGCAUGGCUUCCUUGAAUUUGUUCAUAAAAUGUUUAACUUGAGCAAUUUUGAAAGAGUAUUGAACUUAAUGCAUAAAAUGCCUUACUCUUUAACUCAUUUUCAGGGUCCUGUGAGUUUACAUUUGCAUUAUUGGACUUUCCAAAAAGGCAGCUCUUUAAUACUUAGAAUUUAUUGGAAUUUGCAUGUGCUUGUGCCUCUAAUACAUUUAAAUUUGUUUUUAUGUUUACCAGAUUUAUAGGGGCCAGUAAUAAAAAUACUGUCUUUCAUUGUCUUUAAAUUAUUUGGAUGCAGUGUACACUGUUUUGUUCAGGUCCUUCGUAAUCCUCAUCACUGCAAGACGUACUUUGAAUAAUUGAAGACAUUAGACCUUUAAAGGGCAUCCCACAUAUGAUGUUUUUAGUAGAUAUGAAAGAAAAUUAAGUAUUCAGCCAAGUAUUCAGAAAAUUAAGUAAGGUUUGGAGAAAAUUAUUUAACUAAUUAAAAAUACCUUUUGUUAUAUCAUUGUUCUAUCUUUAAAACUGUGAUGCUUUGAUAAAUUUUUCUUUUUUCUUUUCUGUAGCUGUCCCAUUUAACAGGCUCCACGGCACAGGUGUACCUUGAAUAUGUCCAGAGAAACCUCCCUGAAGGUGUAGCCAUGGAGGUUACAAAGGUAAGAGUGCAUCACAUCAGCAACAACCCAGAUUACUGAACUCCUUCUCUGUACAAGUGGCUGGAUAUAUAAAUGAUAAUUCUGGUAUAUUUAUUGGUUCAUCAUCAGACUGCCAUGGAGAAGGUUCCAGAACACAUCCUUGAACCCAUGUGGAAAGAAGACCCCGCCGAUGACAAGCCAAGCCAGUGAUCAUUGGAUGUUUUUUAUUUGGACAUCUGUUAUUAUGUGGGGUGACAUCUGAUAAAGAUAUGCAAUAUUUAUGUGUGGCUGUCACUGACCCAUAAACUGCUACACAAUGCUACAUUCAGAAUUCCUGUGGCUGUUCAUUGUUGAAACAAUUGUACUGUAAAUGUUCUUUGUUUUGAUGAAUGAAGUCUGCAUUCAAUGAUGACUCUGAUUCAUGUAUUUAGUUUAUGAAUAAGAAACUCAAUUCUUAAAGUUCCUUUACCAAUGCUACAUUUGUCUGAUUAAGUGGGUACAGUAACUCUUCUCAGUGGGAACACGUUCAAUCCACAUAAAAACAAGACCAGCACACAAGAAAUACCUUAAAUGCUUUUAUUGAAGAGUUAGUACACAAAAUGUUGAAGCACAGCAAAGAUGAUCAGUUUUCUUUAAGGGUCGAAACAAGGAAGGGAGACAGGUCAUUUCUCGAAGUUAAGCACCAGCACUAACCACUGCACUAUCAUAUAGCCCUGAGAGCAAAUACUGCCCAUCUUGUUCCUUCUCCUCUGCUGGGUUUAAGGAAAACUGAGGACUCCCCCACCCUUUCUCCUGCUUGUUAAAAUAACAAUCUGACAAUCACUUCAUACGCUAUAAUUUCCCCAUCCUCUCUGAUGACCAAUCUCUGAGUAUGACAUUUCAAUGUCAUUGAAAUAUCCACGCUAACCCACAAAAAUGCUGAGCUGAGUUUUUCUGUUCGCAUCAUAAAGAAACACUAAUGUGGUAUCCUAAUGUAGAAGAAAACAAGGAUAAGAAAUUUGUAAGGACAUUGACCUUGUUUGAAAGAACUAUGGAAUAAAUGGCAAGUACAUUUCAGUGUUCCAGUGAACCAUGACAACAUGAUUGUUAUAUCAAGACCCAGAGAAUCUAAAAUCAGUCCUUUGUCAGUAUUCAUAACUGUGCUUUCCACAUUGUCAUGUCAAAAUUUCUUGCUUUGGGGGAAGUAAAUUGAGUUUUGGGGUGGGACUCACUCGUGGCCCCACGAUACGAUAUUAUUACGAUACUUGAGCCACGAUAUGAUACUAUUGUGAUUUUUAACAUUUUUCAAUGCAGUGAGUAUUGCGAUACAAAAUAUUGUGAUCCAUACAUUUUUUCAACUGUUUAGUUAAUUUAGCAUUUGUCUUGCCUUUAUAUUGGUCUUAUUUACACUGUAUUUUAUUUUCAGAUAGCACAUGUUGCGAACCUUAUGUGUCAGGUCCAUCUCAUUUGUGCCGUGCUUGCAUUCCUAAUGUCUUUCCCCAGCUGCUGCAAUAUUUGUUGUACUAACUUUCUCCUGCUCUAUGAUGUCUCCUCUGCCAACUUCACUGGACAAACAGUUGAUUUUAUUUUUCCAUAAUCAUAGAUUUGACUUUAUAUUAGCAAUUAAUUUGAUAAAAUCGAUACUUGGUAAAUUGGAAGAUGGGACCACCAGACAAAAUAUCGGGAUACAAUGCUGUAUUGUUUUUUUUUCUCCCACCCUUUACAAGUGCAUUUACCCUAAUUUAUAGAUCUCGAAUAAGAUAUUCCAGAAUGCUCCCUUCCACUACCCACAUAUUUACUAUCUCUUCUUGUAAACAUGACCUGAAGCAUGAGGUAAUUGUUUGACACAUCAUUAGUAAAAGGUCAAGUACCAUACCUUCCUAACCUGUAGUCCUCUGUGUCUCAGCAACCUCCAUCCUGAAAGACAGAAUCUCCAGGUAUUCACAGAGGGAGGGGUUCAGGGGUUUAAGACACAAGAGGAGGCUCACCUUUCCAAAUGCAGUGUCGGCCCUCAGGUGUCUGUCACGCCACUGAUGAAGGAGGGGAGAGAUGUGAGGGAGGAGGACCUGGGUUCCUGGGGCCUGGGAGGUUAACUGUACUGUGUGCCCCCCUUCAGGAGACAACAACAGUCAGUCUGUUACAAUCAACCAAAUAUGGGACAAAACAAGAAGGGGCUGCAGGGACUGAGGAGGCAGCGAAAUGUACGGAGAGUGCUGAAGAAGUAGAGAAAGACAGACAGAGGAGAGACAGAAAGCAACACCUGUCUGUGGAAAAACUAUGAAAGGGGUUUGCUGUACAAUCAACAGCCAUGUUCGAAUGAUCUGCGGAGCAUUUGUACUGACAAGUUUUAUUAACAAAUCUGUGCAAGCAGUACAUCAAACAUACAGUACUGAUAUUCAGUGACUGUAUAAAUUGUCUUUUGCAUUCCAGUAGAGUUUUGUUGUUUAAAUACAAUCAGUGAUCUUAAAUCAGCACCACAUUGAGGUCAAAGUUAGAGAUGCACCGAUCUGGUACUGGUUAAAAUAUGAUAACAGAAAAGCAAAGCCUUGAUCUAUCUGUUUAAUUUAAUGCUGUAUUUAAGUUUCAAUGUUCUUACUCGCUCAUGCAUCAGCAACAUGCUAGGCAGCCGUUUUGCUCAAUGAAAGUAGAAGGAAGCUCUCCCUGUAUGCAUGCAGGUCAUGGGCCAUGAGGCAGAAGUAGCAACCAGAGGGUUACAACUUUUUUCACAGUUUGUGACUUUAUUGUGACUUGAUGUAAUUAUCAUUGGCCCAUUGUUAUUUGUUAAAAAACAGGCUUUUUUUUUUUUUUUUUUACAGAGUAAGCAGAGCCACAUCUAAGCCAACAAACAGUGUGAAAGCCAGAACCGAAUCUUGUCCACACUUUCAACACUUGUAAAAGUUAUUCAAAAUGAUAUUAAAAAGGCACCGGAGUAUUAAGUUGAGGUAUAAGUGAUAAAAAAAACUUGAGCAGUGCAUCCCUAAAAUGCUUCCAUAAAGGCUGAUUAUCAAGUUGAUGCCACCUUCUUUCAAGUUUCCCUCCGAUAGCAUCAUGUUUGAAAUUCACUACAUUUUGCAAAAUCAUCCAUUUGAUUAGUUAUUUCUCUCAGCUGCUUCAUCGUAAAAUUUUGUUUCCUGUAAAGUUGAGAAAUAUUAACCACUAAGAAUUAUAAAGAAUGGAAUUACACAUAAAUCAAGAUACUUAGGAGUGAAAGACUUCAAACCCCUCCUUUUGAAUCUAAAUGACCAACACAAAUAUUUAUAUGAGCAAAACACUGAGGAAGUCCCGGUUAAAUCAGAGUGUUUAUCCGUUGCAGAUGAUGUCCUCCUUUUAGACACGCUACCACUCAGUUUGAACUGUGACUUUAGAAGUGUUGGUAGAUUCCUCCAAUCACAUAAUGGCAUGAUAAGAUAAACGGGAAAACACUUGAGACAGUGAAAUUCCUUUUUAAGGUCUCUGUUACUAAAAGUGACAUUCAUAGAUCACUAUUUAAAGCCUUUUACUUUUUCCAGCCCUCAGCAAGACUAACUGAUAAAAGUUCAGUCUCCACUGAGUUCUUGGUCCUCCGCUCUCACUGAGACUGGUCUUUACAGGUCUUCACAUGAAUUAGAUGUUCACUCUAGUGGACAUAAAAUAAAGCCCGUUUCUGUUUUACUGUGUAUGCUAGUUUCAAUACUCCAGUUCAUUCUCUUUUACCAAUUAUAGAUUCGUGGUAAAUUGUCAUGACAACUCUCAGACUUGUUUAUGAAUGAACAAAAAAAGAGAAGUUGAGUUGAUUUUUUUGGUUUUAUUUUCUUUCUCCAUGACUCUGUCAUGUCUGUUGGUUAUAAUAAAACACAUUCACAGGUUCACAAAAUUUAUGUUAAUUACAGUAAAUGGAGUUUUGAUAACACUUCAAACAAAUGUAACACAGUAAAGAGUAAUUUCUUAUCCUUAACUGAAGCAAAUACUCAUAAAAUUUGCUUUCUUUUAUAAAAGCUACUAGAUAUAUAUUUCAGUAUACUAUAAUGUCUUUCCUUUAUGUCAUUACACAAAAGAUUGCUGGAGACAAACAUGAAAGUUCCAAACAGCAGAACUCAUAACUUAAACAGCUGCACAUUAAGGAUAUAUAUAUAUAUCAUAUAAAAUUAAAUACUCAUGAGUACUUGACAAGUGGAAUAGUGUCUUUCUCUUGAAAAAUAUGUAAGUGUCAAACAAUAUCUGCAGCACUGCUUAGUGAGGUUAUAAUACAAAGUCUUUUCAUGUAACAAAAGGAAAGACUGGGGAGGUCCAAGGUGAACUUAACUACGACAGUGGUGCUCAAGGGCUGUUCUGCUCUUUUUAAUUAACACGUUCAAAUAUGCCGUCACCCAUUUCUUACUAUCAUUUUAAAGAAUCAGGAACAUCUUUAAGGCUCACAGGGUGACUCUAACAAGAACCACAGAACAUUUAAAGAACUUGGACAAAAAAAUCCCCCACCCAUGUAAAAUAGUUCCUACAGUACCAACAGUAUUUCAACAUAUGUAACAGAAUGUGAGGAUGGCUUUCACAUUCAGCCUCCUCUGUUGUUAUUUUCACAUUAUUUCCUAGCCAGUAGACAAUAUCAAUAACCAGACAUUUGGCCACAGAGUAUGCCAUGAAGAUAUUCAGAGACUUAGUCGAACACAUAAUUGAGGGGCACUCCGUUUUACUGCACCAUUUUUGAGCCCCUACUACAUUAACAAGGGCUUUGUUAAUAGUUUUUAGGGCAGGCUGUGUUAAAAGCGUCGGCCACCAGGGGGCCCUGGCCACCUCUGGCCUCUGCCAGGUGGGGGGUGAGGCGGAGGAGAGACUGGUCCAUUGUGGUAGCUGUGUAAAAGGAUAAAAUCACACAUUGGAUUUUUUGGCUUUGGCCAAUAGAGGGCACACUCUGAUAAGAGCAGCCAGCUAAAGUAGUCUAUGAGGGGACGUUAUCCCCACACAGUGACAGUGUACCUUUGAACGUCAAAAUACAGUUGUGUUUUUUUGAGAUGUCAUUAUUCCAUGCACUAUUUAAUUAUCUUCCUUCAAAUAUGUGAGCAGAAAGUGUAACCUACAUUCAUCUAUGAAUUAAUCUUGGACUUGACAUUUGCUCAACUAAAAAAAAUUGGGGGCAAAAACUAGAUUAGACCUUCUCUUUGAUAGAAAAAGAGAGAAAGCAAUGUGUUCAAUAGAGGUCACAGUGAAGGAGGUUAGGCUAUAAAGAGGCUUAGGAGGGAAGGGGCAGAGAGGAGUGGAAAUUACGUCACAACCCUCAGUCUUUUGGCUCGCAGUUUACUGUGUAUUUGUACCACAGAUUUAAAGGAAUGCAGCUGGUGUCAGCAUGUUUAAACUGCUUAGCACAGGUAUUCCAAAUCCAUUUAGGAAUCUAAGAAGUGUGCGAAGAAAGUGCGGAAAUUUGAAACAUGCAAAGCUUCGGCGUGACAUUAAUAUUUAAAAAGCACUUACCCUCUAGGGCCGCGUGGCUGGAAAUGGCGUGGAGGUCCAGGGGGUGGCAUGCCACGGCCUCGAGGGUGUGGUGGACGCCCUCUGAACCCGAGGUGACCCGGAGGAGGAGGUCCAGGGGGUCUGUGCCUAUAGUGGGACAAAAAUGAAAGGUUUGAUUGUUUAUAUGCAGGGAACCAUGAGUGGGGAUACACAUAAAUAAAUCUAGACUCAUCAGAGCAACUACACAAUUUUAUCAAUCUUUAAAAAAGUCAAAAAAGAAAAUUGAAACAACAAACUGCUCCCCAAAAAGGAUCAACUGGUUAAAAGUACUAUUGCUUUACAAAAAUACCAAGUGUGAGAUCACUUUGAGGAUCUAGGACAACAAACACACAUCCAGUUCAGUUACCUUGGCAUCGGUGGGAAGGGGCUUCUCAAGUGCAUGGGGGCUGGUGGAGGGGGUGGAGGAGGGCCCAUGCCCAUUGGUCCAACUCUACCUCGAUGACCCCUUGGGUCUGGGUAUGGUCGCAUCCUCCUCAUUCCUCUGUGAGGCAAAGGCAGGAUAUUUACCAGAGUACAAAUGAUAUCUUAAAUAGGAGAGCAGCAUAUAUAUCACGGGCUGUUGUGUCACUUUUGCUUUUUUAAUAAAAAGGAAAAAGAUUUUGCCAUAAAUUUCAAAACCAAAGUGUUUAUGUACUGCUUGAUACUGUCAUUUAACAUCAUAUUCAAUUUGAGCAUCAGUACCUCAUUGGUGCAAAUCCAUUCAUUGGCCCAUGUUUCAGACGUCCCCUCUCAAGCCCAGGUGGACCGAACCCUUUCAUCAUACCUCGCCCACCACGCAUGCCGCCUCGACUCAUCCGACCCCCUCUACCACGGCCUUUAAACCCACGACCCCUGAGGAGACGGAGAUCAUCUGUAAGGGGAUCUUUCAUGCCAGGACUUCAGAUGAAUUAACUCUUAGCUGAAGUAAGUGUACCAUCAAAUCAAUCCAAUGUAGAGGUGGCCUCUGGAGCACUGUAUCAACCAAUCAGAACUCUCCAUGGCUUCUCAAUUGUGGAUAUAUAUUAGCACAGUGGUUCUCAAGUCCAGU